AUGGAUUCACAAGUGGAACAGAAGAUGCAGCCUCGCAUACUGAAAAAAGACCUCAAAAACAACCCGUACAUUUUGGCGGCAGCAUUGGACUUCGGAACAACCUACUCGGGAUACGCGUUCUCAACACGGUUAGAGUAUAUGAAAAACCCUUUGAAUAUCAAUACUCUUGUAUGGAAAGCUGGAUCGGGGAAUCUUGCCUCAUUGAAGACUUCAAGUUGCGUUCUGUUCAAGCCAGACGGACACUUUGAUACAUUUGGGUUUGAGGCCGAAGACAAGUAUGCCGAGCUGAUAGAAGAGGGAAAACACCACGAUUGGUUUUUCUUCAGACGUUUUAAGAUGUCGCUGUAUGAGCAAGAGGAUAUCACCAGAUCUAUGAAAUUGUAUGCUCAAAACGGUAAACCAAUGCUCGCAAUGACAGUAUUUGCAUCGGCAAUGAAGUAUUUGGUAGACCACCUACUAAGUACGUGUCAAAAGAGAGGACUCGAACUUUCGACGUCCGAUAUCCGUUGGGUCCUGACGGUUCCUGCAAUUUGGACAGAUCGAGCAAAGCAAUUUAUGAGGGAAUGCGCUCAGCAGGCAGGUAUCCCAAGCUAUCAGCUGGUCCUGUCGUUAGAGGCUGAGUCAGCGGCUUUGUUCUGUAAGCACUUGCCUCUUAAAGAAAUGUCUGUCGGAAAAGGAGGCGACAACCUGGCGGUUUUCCGGCCAGGGUCUCGAUACAUUGUGGUAGAUGUUGGUGGCGGCACAGUUGAUAUCACAGUGCACGAAGUACUGGAAGGUCUAAAGCUGAAGGAAAUCCAUAUGGCAAAUGGUGGGGACUGGGGAGGGACCAUGGUAGACAAUGACUUUGAAACGCUUCUUUCCGAAAUCCUAGGAGCUGACGUGUUUGAAAAAUUCAAACAAAAACAUGUAGGAGACUAUCUAGAGCUACAGAGGUCUUUUGAAACCAAGAAAAGGUCGAUUUCGUCAACGACUGAUGAAAAAAUAACAUUUACACUUCCGAUAACUUUGAUUGAAACAUUUGCUGAGAUGCACCCAAAUAAAACCAUCGAGAAGAGUAUAUCUUCAAGUAAAAAGUAUGCAAACAAUCUCACAUGGAAGAUGGAUAGAUUGCGGAUCAAGUCAGAUCUAGCUCAGACAAUAUUCAAGAAAUCCGUCGAGAAGAUAAAAAACCACGUGGAAAAAUUGUUGGAACACCCUGAGGUCGCCAAAGCGCAGGCUAUACUUCUUGUUGGUGGAUAUUCAGAAUGUCCGCUAUUGCAAACAGGAAUUUCCACCAAGUUUCCAAACAAGCGUCUUGUCAUUCCACAUGAGGCAGGUCUCGCUGUUCUGAAAGGUGCUGUCAUAAACGGACAUGAGCUAAACACUGUAACUGAACGAAUCAGUAGGUAUACAUAUGGCACAGACACUAUGCGGUUGUUUAUUCCCGAAAAAGAUCCAGUCGAGAAACUGAAAGAAGUAGAUGGUGAAUCGGUAUACUGUGUUGAUGUAUUUAGCAUUCAUGUAAAGAAAGGAGACGUAAUACCUGUAUGGCAGAGUUUAGAGAAGUAUCCUUAUGCCGUAGUAUAUCCAGAUCAAACAGGAAUACUUUUCGGUAUUUACAUUUCUCACAACCCGUCACCAGAGUAUGUCACAGAUGAAGGCUGUGAGUGUAUUGGAUCUGUUGAAAUAGAAAUGCCUGACAUCAGCAAAGGACUUGAACGAGGUGCCGACGUUCAGUUUACAUUCGGCGGUGCAGAGAUAGAAAUACAAGUCACUGACAGAGACUCAAAUGAAGAGAGGUUGGCUUACCUUGAUUUUCUUGGAUAA